AUGAUCGCCCUCCCGCCGCCGCUCCCCGCCCACCACUGGGCCCCGCCGCCGCCGUUCACGAGCUUCUUACCGUCCUGCCUCGAGGCCGCGGUGCACAACACGCUCGCAGCCGAGCCGCGCGCGCCGCCGCUCCCGCCCGCCAUGAACCGCAACCACCUCAACCUGAACCUCACCGAGGAGCUCAGGCGCCUCCCGACCAAAUCCCAGCGCGAGGAGGAGCCGUACGAUACCGUCGAGAGCCCGCCCCCGGUCGAUGGCGGGGAGGACGGCCCGCUGGAGUGGGACUGGGACAUUGAACACGAAGACCGCAAGCGCGAGGCCGCCGCGGACGCGACCUUCCUCGACGCGUCGCCCUUUCAGGUGGAUAGGCGGGUGCUGAAGGAUGUUGUGCGCGAACAGAUGUCUGUGGAUGCCUACCUGGUGACCCUCCAGAACCGCCGUCAAAUAAUCGCACGCGUAGCACGACGAUUCAUGCCGCGACUCAAGACCGAGUCUGAGGUCGCGACGAUGGACUAUCUGCGCACCUUCACCAACAUCCCCGUUCCCGACGUCUUCUACUACGACUCGAACCCGUAUAACCGACUUGGAGGGGAGUACAUCCUGAUGUCGAAGGCGAAGGGCAUCCCGCUCUCCCGAGUGUACCAUGGGCUGAGCUACAAGGAGCUCGUGGGCCUGCUACGCAAUAUGGCGCACCUACUACUUCCACUAUUCGCCCACCGCUUCCCAAAGCUGGGAUCCUUGUACUUCGGGCCGGAUCCCAUGGCGUCUACCUCCUCGGCCACGGCCACGGACAACGCCAACGCCAACGCCAAUCCGCCCUCCGCGAAACCGCGCUCCUCCGCGCACCGGCACUACGCCGGCGUGCCCUUCUCGCCGACGCUCACGCCGCGCUUCAACUCGCCCGAGUUCCACGUCGGGCCGAUCAUCUCGUGGCCCUUCUUCGGCUCGAACCGCGGUGACCUGGCGCACCCGCACGAGCUCGACCGCGGCCCGUGGGCGUCGACGCGCGCGUACCUCGCCGCGUGCGUCGCGCGCGAGAUCAGCGCCGUCGUGCGCGAGAACGAGGGGAAGAGCGCGCCGCAUCGGCUGCACCUCGACCCGGACGAGAUCCGGAGCUCGCGGCACCACCAUCUAAGGGCGGUGCCCGGGGACGAGAGCGACGACUCGGACGAGUGGGACGCGCAGGAGAGCGAGGACGAGUGGGAGGGGCCGGGGGAUGCGAUGUAUAGGGAUUAUAGAAGGAUGCAGCGGAGCACGUUUUUGAUCGCGCAUCUGAACCGGCGGGUGGAGGAGGUGAGGAGGGAGAUGGAGCGGUGGAUGCGGGUGAUGGAGGGGCUGCUUGGGCGGCUGUAUGGCGGGGAGGGGCAGCCAGAGGGUGUGGAAGGGGAGGGGGAGGAGUUCGGCCUGGAUUGCCAUGAUUUGAGUUUGGAGAAUGUAUUUGUGGAUGAGGUGGAUCAUACGAAGAUUACCUGCAUCAUCGACUGGGAGAGCACGACGACGCGGCCGUUAUGGGCGUGCACGCACAUGCCGGCGUUCCUCCAGGCGAGCCCCUUCACGGCGAACCUGUUCCGCGAGAUCGUGCGCAAAAUCGCGCUCGCCGUGCCACCUACCCCGCGCUCCGUCCUCCAGCCCCGCGCGCGCCCACUAUCCCGCCAAUCCUCACAGGCGAACGGGCAGAUGCUGCAGCCCUCGAUCUCGCGCGCCAACACCUUCCCGCCUCCGCCGCUCGCGAUGACGCCUACUUCGGCCACCGCUUCUACCUUCAACACCGACCACCCCUCCGAAAGCCAAUACCCCCGCUUCCGCCUGCCUGUGUCAGAAGCUGAUCUCGCUGCCCUCGCGCGCGAGUGGAUCGCGUUCGAGCAGGCUGGGGCGCGGCUGCGUCUUGCGCACCGCUGCGUCGAGUGGGACGGGUGGGAGGAGGGGCUGGUGGAUACGAUCCUGGGCCCGGAGGACGCGGAGGAGGAGUGGUAUAAGGACACGGAGGGCGAGGGGGAGGGGAGGGAUGGGAGCACGACGGCGGUGUUCAGCCCGGCGCCGGAGGUGGGGCAGGGGUAUGGGCAGCUCCAUGCGCCAGCGAGCGAGCCGCCGUUGCCUCUGCUCCCUCGACAAGGCGACUCGCAACCAGCGCCCGUCGCGAGCACCGCGCCGGUCCUCCAGCGGCGGAAGCCGUCGGCGAAGCUGCCGUUCAAGCAGGAGAAGGAGAAGGAGCAGAUGCUGGAUAUGACCGGCGAUAUCUGCGGCGGGCGGGGCGGGGAGCUGGGCCGGCGGCUGGAGGCGUGGCUGACGGUGAAUGGGAACGGGGACGGGCAGGUGGAGGUGGGGAGGAAGUGGCGGGGAGGGGAGGAGGAGGAGGCAUAGUAGGGGGGCGGGCGUCUUGGUGUGCCUCUGCUUCGGACAUGCUACCCAUACCCCUAACGCGCUCUCAACGGACCGGGCGUCCGGCUCCCUGGACCUCGCGCCGCCGACUCGAAGUAUAGAAAUCAGUGUACAAUCCCGCCAUCGUUUCUUUCUUUCCACCCGCACGCACAUUGCACACGCAUCUACAGUUGUACUUAUUUACUCUUACAUGGUUCCCGAGAUAGACGUACGAAGUGGUAAUGCUUGUAGGAUAGGCUCCAAUGCACGAAUGCAUCUUUCCAAAUUGGUCGCGU